UGUCAAGUGUAUUUGUUUGGUUGAAAAUUGGAAGAUUUUUGGUUACGGAAAAUACAAAAACGAAGUUAUUAAAAUUGUCUUUUGCAACAAAAAAUAUUUACUUAGACAUGGCUACAUAUGACAACAAAAUCUGGCUCCUCAAAAAUAUUAGAGAUGCUUUCAUUGCAACAGACGACACUGGUUUGUGUGAGAUAGUGAUGGCUGGUGAAGAUUUUUCUAAAAUAUUUCAAAACAAAGCUUUCGAAGACAGGAAAAGAAUUAGAGAAAGCCGACUAAACCAACCGAGUACUAGUAAAGGCAAAGAAGGUAAAGGAGACGUUUCUGAAGAAGAUGAGAAGGAAAUCGUGACCCAAUUCGACCCAUAUCCAGAUAUGGAGGACAGUGAGGACGACGAUUUGAUGUGUGGCAGCUACAUCAGAUAUGAAGAAUUUGGUGGACACAGGCAAAGAUCCAAUACUGCUCAGUGGUUAGACAAAAAAGAACAAGCUUUAAAAAAGGCAGCUAAAAUCAAAGUCAUAAAAUGGGACGACACAUCAACACAACUAACAUCAGAGCAGAUGGCAGAGAUAUUCUCUAGAAUGGAAGUGAAGAAACCUGAGAAGUUAAAGUCUUUGCUUGCUGAGCAAAUGGAGCAGUGCCCUGACCUGCCUCAUCGUCAGUAUCUCGAAUAUGCUAAAUUUGACGGGACAGCACAGCUCGGUUUGCCCACCAAAUCAUUCAAAAUCUUCAUGACAAUGCUACCUGAAAAACAUCAGAACUACCCUUUGGUGGUGUGCAUCAUAGCCCAUGCUAAGAUCAAGGAUUUGAUUGGCUUUACAUGCUAUAAAUACAGCAUUGAACACCCUGAUAUCACUCUUGGAUCUGUGCAUGACUAUGGGUUAUGUAUUGCUGAAGACGAUGGGGAAGUAGACUGGGCAUUCCCUUGCCUUGAUGCCAACGAGCCUUGUUCAAAGUUUGGCUUCACCUGCCUCGGCCUUGUAGACUUGAAAAGCAAACACUACUUCACACAUGCGCCUAUAUCCAUACCGGAGGAUGGCAUGCUUGAAGUGUUUCCUAAAGCAACGGAAUCAGGUCAUAGUCAACACAACCCAUCAAGGCACAACACUGGAGGCAGUGCCACUUCUGAAGCAGUUAGGAAAGCUAUUAAUGCUGUUGCUGAAGAGAAAAGAGGCCAGGAAUCUGAACUAGACAAAAUACAAUCACAUUUGAUAGCAACAGAUGCACCUCAGUACAAAACGUAUAGAGUAUAUUUAUUGCGUAAAGUGCGAACGAACACUUUGGUGCAGUUGGGAGUGUCACUAGAGAGGAUAGAGGUGGAACCACUGGUAGCACACAAACACGCAUUUUGGUCAAGAUCAAAAUACUUUCGACUGAACAUAGACUCGAUAGCGUGGUGUCAAAUACUGGAAGCGAAAGCAAACAAAACUACAUUUCGAAUAGUCCACUCGCCGACACACAACUUGGGAUUGUUAGAUCGAAGCAAUUCAGGUAACGCAAGUUUCUUCCAUCCAAAUACAGCCUACAAAAUAUACGAUUUCGAAUGUGAACACGAUGUCGCUAGAGAAAUCGUUGACAAAGUGAACACAAUUCUCGACCUAAGGAAUAGCCCGUGCCGCCGUGAAUACAAGACUUCUAAAGACAAGAAACUGCAAACGAGAAGAAGCUUACACACAAGGCAUUUGAGUUGAGUUUCAUAAAGACUGCAUGACUAGUGUAAUAUGAAGUUCCCCAUUGAAAGUUCCUGUUCAAAUGCAUUCUAAUUUAUCUAUUAUCCCAUUGAAAAGCAUUGGGAUAAUAAUAUGUUCAGUACGUCCAUAAGCUCUUUGAAAAUAAAUUGGUCAUUUUUUUAUUUUAUUCAAAUAAAUUCUAUACUACUAAGCCAAUACUGUAAAUAUUGAUUGUUACCAAAAUCGUGGGCCUACUUGAUCCAUUACUAUCCCAGUGUUCAUGAUUAGUGACAAAAAAUCAUCAUACUACUAAUUAUCGUUUUUGCCAGCUUUACAAAUCUAUGGACUAGGGAUGUUAUGGAUAUCCGUAACCGUAACCGAAACUUUCGGAUAUCCGAAAUAAAAAAAUAUCCGAAA